GAACACUGAUGCGUUCUAAAAGGAUUAAAGGAAAUCCCAAGCACUAUGACUGCAGGUGGCAAGGAGAAGGCGGCACUCGACCCCAUUGAAGACGAUGACGUGCCAGACCGAGGUCACUGGACGGGGCGUUUCGACUUCAUCCUGGCAUGUCUGGGAACUGCGGUCGGAUUGGGGAAUGUUUGGAGGUUCCCGUUUCUCUGCUAUAAAAAUGGUGGUGGGGCUUUCGUGCUGGCAUACGUAAUCAUGGUAUUCAUGGUGGGCAUGCCCAUUUUCUUGCUGGAGUUGAGCAUGGGGCAAUACAGCGCCUCAGGACCUUCCAAAGUAUUCUCAAACAUUGCACCGCUGUUUAAAGGUGUUGGUUAUGCCAUGGUGCUCGCCGCGUCUCUGGUGUCCAUCUACUACAACAUGAUCAUCGGAUGGACUCUCUUUUACUUUGUCGAUUCUUUUCGAUCCGAUCUACAGUGGAAGUACUGUUCCCACGAUUUCAACACUGACAACUGUUUCAGCGAUGUCGACUUCCAUGCGUGUAAAGCUCAAAAUGAAAGCAACAUCUUUAAUUUUAGAACCUGCUUCAACGCGUCCUAUGCUGCUCUUCGUAAUAUAAGUGAUAUACCAGAUACGAUGAGAAUAUCAGCACCUGAAGAAUAUCUGAA